AUGUGCUCAAACGAUAUCCCUGGCUUCCUUGAGCACUGUGUUCUAUCCAGUGCUCGUUCAGUAGUGCUCUCUUGCGCUCACGUCAUAUGUGAUGAGUGUUUCGAGAAGCUAGGUUCAACAUCAUUUCAAUCCGAAAAUCGCGACUAUGUUAAGUGUGUACUUUGCCGAUCGACGGUAUCCUACACAUUGCUACCAACUCUGGACGAUCUUAUCCCAUUGCCUUUAGCUCCUGCACCGGUUGUGCUCAAACGGCCGAUCGAGAAUGUGUACAGUGCUGUUUGA